AAAAGAAAGAGCCUUUCCAUUUCAAUUUCCACACAUUUAUAACUCGUUUUUCCUCCUGUACACAUAUUAUAUAAGAUCUGCCCGCUUCCGCAUUAUUGUUCCUGAGUUGUCUGCCGAGUGAAAAACUAGCCGCUGUGGAGGUAGGAACUGAGCGAGAAGGCAGCCAUGGACGCCGUGACUCAGUGGCAGAAGCAGUGGUUCGACUACACUCAGUAUCUGCGCCGAGAGGGAUUCUUGGACGAUCAAUUUGCUCAGCUAAAGAAGCUGCAGGAUGAAAACAGCCCAGAUUUUGUAGUUGAAGUUGUUUCUCUUUUCUUUCAAGAUACUGAGAAGCUUCUCAACAAUAUGGCCAGGGCUCUAGAACAGAACGUUGUAAAUUUCGAACAGGUAGAUGUCUAUGUUCAUCAAUUCAAGGGUAGCAGUGCCUGGAUAGGUGCAUUGAGACUUAAAAAUGCAUGCAUCAACUUCAGAAAUUUUUGUGAGGCCCGGAACCUUGAAGGGUGUUUGAGAUGUUUGCAACAACUGCAGCAAGAAAGCUCUGCACUGAAGAACAAGCUCGAAACUCUAUUUAGCUUUGAGCAACAGAUCGUGGCUGCUGGCGGGUCAAUUCCUACGAUGGAGUAAAUCCUGCAAUGGAAUCCACUGCUAUGAAAUUUGUCAAGAAAUAUGCAUAUCAGAGUUUUCGUAAGUCCUUUAGCGUGAUCGAUUUUACUUUGAUGUAGUGAAAAUUUUCGUGUAUUCCGCCUAGCAUUUUCGUGACGAUGUAGCGUAAUAACCUUCUUGGAGGAAUGUAAUGCAAGGCUCCCUUCAUCGGACGCAGUAAUUGAUCAUCUUUCUUGUUAUUUUGUUAGUGAGGAAACUUUUAUCGUUGAACUUGGCAAAAGCCUAUAUGAUCCAGUUUGGUUAAAA